AUGGCGCCGCAGCAGAACACCUUCGCCGUCAUUCCAGACGCCCCCGGGCGCGUCGGUGGCCCCGCGAACAGGCCGCCGAUGACAUCGAAGCAGGCUCAGAAGCUGUACAAGCAGGCGAACAAGGAACCGAAACGAUCCAAGGCCGAACAACGGAAAUGGGAGAAGGAGAAACAAGAGGAGAUUCGCAAGGAACUGGAAAAGGAGCGCGCAGCAGUCAAGGCCAAGGCAGCGAGAGAACGAAAAAAGGCCAAGGAAGAGGAGGCCCGAGAGAACAGGCGAAGAGCCGGGCAGCCUUUGUUUGACUGUCGACCAAGUCAAGACACGAUCGCGCGAUUCGUCCGAGGAAAUGGUACACACAAGAAGAGAGAUUCGUCCGGAGAACCGAUACCAAAACCCGAGGCUACCCCUGCCGCCCUGGCCGAUAUCAAGCCGGAUAUCUUGGCGUCAACCGCGGCUUCCAAGUCUCCUCUUCAAAUUGAAUCCCAUGUCACCUGCUCAAAGCGCAAUUACAAGUGA